AUGCUUCUGCAGGCCCAGUCUAUUGGAUUCACCGUAGUCCUGGCGCAGCGCGGCGACGAGGCGGUCGAGAUGUUUGCCCGCCACCACGCCUCCCUGGCCGCGGUGCUGCUGGACCUUCAGAUGCCGGGCGCUAUGGACGGCUGGGACGCCGCCAUUGAGAUGAGGCGCCUGGAGGCGCGCCGCGGCCCCAAGGACGGCGGCGUCGCCAUCGUCGCCUGCACCGCCUGCGCCCAACACGAGCGGGUGCCGGAGCUCUCCGGCGGCGGCGGCGGCGCCGGCCUCACGGUGCGGCAGCACACUCUUGCGUGCGGCGCGGACGAGGUCGUGCGGAAGCCAAUACAGACGGCGGCGCUGCGCGGCGUGGUGGAGGCCGUGAUGCAGCGGCGCCGCGCGGCCGCGGCCGGCGGCGGCAGCGCCGGCGAGUGUGACGGUGACGAGGAGGAGGAGGGGGAGGAGGGGGAGGUCGUGGAGGGGGGCAUGAGCUCGAGCGAUGACGCGUCUGAGGACGGCGGCGCGUACGGCGCCUGCGGCGGCGGCACGGCCGCGUCCUGCACCACGACAGAGGACGGGCAGCUGAUGGGCGUGGGCGGCGCCCCGUGGAAGGUUGAGGCCGCCGCGGCCUGA